CGGUUCGAGAAGAAGUACAAGGCGGAGCUGAGCGGGGGCACGGUCUCCAAGGGGACGCAGUUCGAAUACGCCUGGUGCCUGGUGCGCAGCAAAUACACCGACGACAUCAAAAAGGGCAUCGUGCUGCUGGAGGAGCUGGUGCCCAAAGGCUGCAAGGAAGAACAACGCGACUACGUCUUCUACCUGGCCGUGGCCAAUUACCGGCUGAAGGAGUACGAGGAGGCCCUGAAGUACAUCCGGGGGCUGCUGAAGACGGAGCCCAAGAACACGCAGGCACUGGAGCUGAAAAAGCUCAUUGACAAGGCCAUGCAGAAAGACGGCCUGGUCGGCAUGGCGAUCGUCGGCGGCAUGGCCCUGGGCGUGGCCGGCCUGGCUGGUCUCAUCGGAUUGGCCAUCUCCAAGUCAAAAUCGUAACCCUCCCGUGCAUCCCGCCCUUGCCCCUGUUCUCCCCUCCCGCCAGGCCUGGGAGCCCACGCGCUAACUCCACUCAGAGUCACUAAUCGUCCCCCUCCCUGCCCUGGGACCCCCCCAUGCUCUCGGGUGGCUAAUCAGUGCAAUAGGGGUUCGGACACAUGGGAAGAAGGGUUGGGGGGGGCCGAUUGGCCGGCUUCCCUUUUCCCAGGCAGUAGCGGGAGAUGGCUGGGGAGCCUGGAGCGGAGACGUCUCCAGCCGCGCACGGGAGCGGGCGGUGGUUCUCUUGCAGGGGGCCGGGGCAGGGUCUGAAGUCCGGCCACCAGUCUCCUCCGUUUCGGGCCCCGCUGUGCCAGGAUUCCCCCGCCCCGCGCCCCUGCGGGCUGGGCGGGAACAGAGGGGCCGUCCCGGCUGCAGGCUUUGCCGGCUGGGCCCCAGGGCAGAUCUUCCUUUCCUGUCCCUGCUCUAACCGCUGCCUUCGCACUGUAAAUAAAGGUUGGUUUUGAUUUGA